AUGCCCAUGCGACUGCGUUUAGCACUCCAUGGCAGACGCAACGAUCGUAUUUUCCAUCUCGUAGCCAUCAACCAACGUGCGAGGAGAAAUGGUAAACCAACAGAAUUGUUAGGAAUAUAUGAUCCUCGAAUAAGACCCGGAGGACGAGACCAUAAAACGAUGGAAUGGAGUGUUGGAAGGAUACGUUAUUGGUUGGAUGUUGGUGCUAUACCCAGCAAAAGUGUUGUUAAACUUCUCGAGAUGGGGAAUAUCUUAAAGCCUGGUUCUCCGUAUCAUCCCAAAGCUUCCCCAAGCGAAUCUACUAGCUGUUCUUCCACCCCCUUGGCAUCAGCCCCGACUUUAUGA